CUAAAACUAGAGGCCUAAAAUCGCCAGCCAUCUUCACUUGUAACUUGUAAAUGAGCCCUGUACUGCAUCUUCUAAAAGGAGCGAACCAGUAUAAAACCGCUUUACCUUAUCCUAUCCUACCUCCGCCAUCUCCUAAAUCCUAAUUUCAUUUCCUCAUCGGCAAAUCUCUCCCACCAAAUACCAAUCCCACAUACACCUCUUACUAUCGCAUUUACUCAACCUACUUCACUCUCUUCUUAACUAUUCUCUCAAGUAUCGCUUUCCUCCAUUUGAAAUCUAUCAUAUUCUCAUUCUCUUCAUUGAAUUUUGGUUUCUUGAUUGCUGAAAGUUGCUGAGAUUGAAUUAUACUCAUUUUAGGGAUGUGGGUGAUGGAUUUUAUGAAUGUUUAACGAAUUUAAUCCGAAUUUUGGUCAUUGUGUGAACUUGAUUGGUUUUUAACAUGGCUCCGAAAGCUGCCAAAGGAAAACCUCAUAAGGCUAAGGGCGAGAAGAAGAAGAAGGAAGAGAAAGUAUUACCAACGGUUAUAGAAAUAGGUAUAGAGACGCCGGAAGAAUCCCAAGUGACGCUAAAGGGAAUAUCUACGGACAAGAUCUUAGAUGUUAGGAAGCUUUUAGCGGUCCACGUGGAGGCAUGCCACUUGACCAGUUACUCCUUGUCACAUGAGGUGCGUGGACCCAGGCUAAAAGAUACUGUUGAAACAGCCUCUCUAAAACCAUGUCACUUAACAGUCGUUGAAGAGGAUUACACCGAAGAUCUCGCCAUCGCACACAUCAGACGAUUGCUGGAUAUCGUCGCCUGCACCACCGCUUUCGGUGGUUCGUCUACUCCGAAGAAUGCCGCCUCCACCUCCAGUCGAGCGACAACUAACAGACCAGAUUCCAGUGAUGGAGAGAUUAGUCAGGAUAAGAAGUCGAGUAGUGGGGCCAAAUCGCCGGAGACGGAAGUUUCCAUCAGUUCCGAUCAGUCUGACAAGGGUGACCGUGACCCCAUGGCGGAGAUUUACCCGCCGCCGAGGCUUGGGCAGUUCUACGACUUCUUCUCGUUCUCUCAUCUCACACCACCCAUCCAAUACAUUAGGAGAUCUACUAGACCCUUCCUUGAAGAUAAAACAAACGAUGAUUUCUUCCAAAUUGAUGUAAGAAUUUCUAGUGGAAAACCAAUGACAAUUGUUGCUUCUAAGAAAGGGUUCUAUCCAGCUGGAAAACGUAUUCUUUUAACUCAUUCUUUAGUUGGUCUACUGCAGCAAAUAAGCCGAAUCUUUAAUGGUGCAUACAAAGCUCUCAUGAAAGCAUUCAUUGACCACAACAAAUUUGGAAAUCUCCCAUAUGGUUUUAGAGCAAACACAUGGAUUGUUCCUCCAAUUGUUGCUGAUAAUCCCUCACUUUUUCCACCACUUCCUGUAGAAGAUGAAAAUUGGGGAGGGAAUGGUGGUGGACAAGGGCGAGAUGGUAAAUAUGACGAUAGACAAUGGGCAAAAGAGUUUUCAAUUCUAGCAGCAAUGCCUUGUAAAACUCAAGAAGAAAGACAAGUUAGAGAUAGGAAAGCUUUUCUACUUCACUCCCUAUUUGUCGACAUUUCAGUGUUAAAAGCAGUUUCUGCCAUUAAAAAUCUUGCUGAAAGUAGCAAUUUUUCCUCAAAAAGUUCUACCAAAUCAGUUUUACAUGAGGAGAAAGUUGGAGAUUUGGUUAUUAGGGUUACAAAAGAUCUCUCAGAUGCAAACACAAAGCUGGAUUCUAAAAGAAACUUGCUUAAAGGCAUAACAGCAGAUGAGAGCACUACAGUUCAUGAUACUUCUACUCUAGGCAUAGUGGUUGUUAGACACUGUGGAUAUACAGCUGUUGUUAAAGUUGAAGCUGAAGAAAAUUUUGAUGAAAAAUCGAUUCCUCAAGACAUUGAAAUUGAGGAUCAACCUGAAGGAGGUGCUAAUGCUUUGAAUGUCAAUAGUUUGAGAAUGCUAUUACACAAGUCAUCAUCUACACCAAUACAAAGAGUUCAGGGUGCAGAUGUUGAAGAUUUGCAAUCUGCAAAGCUUUUGGUGAGGAAAGUAAUGGAGGAAAGUCUGCAGAAAAUGCAGGAAGAAGAAGAAGAUUCUAGAAACUUAAAAUCUAUCAGAUGGGAACUUGGAGCAUGCUGGAUGCAACAUUUACAAAACCAAGCUUCUGGAAAAUCAGAAUCUAAAGCUAAAGUAGAACCAAAAUCAGCUGUUAAGGGUUUAGGAAAGGGAUUACUGAAGGAAAUUAAGAAAAAAUCUGAUGAUAAAAGCAACAAAAUUGAACAGGAAAUUACAACAAACAAUAAAUCAGAUGAUAUUGAAGAGAUGAAAAAGGUGGAUGAAGAAGAAAAGGAAAUAAUGUGGAGAAAACUGCUUACUGAAGAAGCCUAUUUGCGCCUUAAAGAAUCAGAUACUGGUCUCCACCUUAAGUCACCUGAUGAGUUAAUUCAAAUGGCACAUAAGUACUAUGAAGAUACUGCUCUCCCAAAGUUGGUGGCUGAUUUUGGUUCACUUGAACUUUCACCUGUUGAUGGAAGAACUCUUACUGAUUUUAUGCACACAAGGGGUUUGCGAAUGUGCUCCUUAGGGCGAGUGGUUGAGCUUGCAGACAAGCUUCCUCAUGUUCAAUCACUCUGUAUCCAUGAAAUGGAAAUAACAAUGACUUCAAAUGGAAGUGGAUUGAAUGCUUUUUAUCAAAGAGAUUUUCAUUUCAAUGGAAAACCGAAUAUCACACUGAAAAUCUUCGUAAGUUUUCCCUUCUUCGAGGCCUUUCACACAAGGUUGGUCUUGAGCUUGUUCCUAGAGACUAUGAUAUGGAUUCUGAAUCUCCUUUCAUGAAAACAGAUAUAAUUAGCAUGGUUCCUAUAUAUAAGCAUGUUGCAUGUUCAUCUGCUGAUGGACGUACACUUUUGGAGUCAUCUAAAACAUCUUUGGAUAAAGGAAAACUGGAGGAUGCUGUUAACUAUGGAACUAAGGCACUUGCAAAAUUUGUAUAUGUCUGUGGUCCUUACCAUCGAAUGACUGCAGGAGCAUAUAGUCUUUUGGCUGUAGUGCUCUAUCACACUGGAGACUUUAAUCAGGCUACUAUCUAUCAGCAAAAAGCUUUGGAUAUUAAUGAGAGGGAGCUUGGACUUGAUCAUCCAGAUACAAUGAAAAGUUAUGGUGAUUUAGCUGUUUUCUACUAUAGACUCCAACACACAGAGCUAGCUCUAAAGUAUGUGAAUCGUGCAUUGUAUCUUUUACAUAUAACAUGUGGACCUUCUCAUCCGAAUACUGCUGCUACUUAUAUCAAUGUUGCAAUGAUGGAAGAAGGUUUAGGAAAUGUCCAUGUUGCCCUUAGAUACCUUCAUGAAGCUCUCAAGUGUAAUCAAAGGCUUCUUGGAGCUGAUCACAUUCAAACUGCUGCUAGCUAUCAUGCUAUAGCAAUUGCUCUCUCUUUAAUGGAAGCAUACUCCUUGAGUGUUCAGCAUGAACAGACUACUCUGCAGAUUCUUCAAUCUAAACUUGGACUUGAAGAUCUUCGUACUCAGGAUGCAGCUGCAUGGCUUGAAUACUUUGAAUCCAAGGCUCUUGAACAACAAGAAGCUGCACGCCAUGGUACCCCAAAACCUGAUGCAUCUAUAUCUAGCAAAGGCCAUUUGAGUGUAUCCGAUUUACUCGAUUAUAUAGCCCCAGAUGCAGAUAUGAAAGCCCAAAAGAAACAAACUCGUGCAAAACUGCUUAAAGUAAAGCCAGAACAAAAUGAGGAAUCCAUGGUGAAUGAGGUUCCAUUAACAGAAGAAGUAUCAUCACCAAAACCUCCUGUUCCACAUAAAGAGAUCAAAUCUGAACAACAGGAUGCAAAACCAGAUUUGAUUGAAAAGGAACAACAAAUGAUUGAUGAUAUUAUAGAAGUGGAAAACUCAGAUGAAGGAUGGCAAGAAGCUAUUUCUAAAGCAGCUCGUAAAUCUUCAACUUUUAAAAAACCAAAUCUUGCAAAACUAAACACAAAGUAUCGGUCAAAACCCGCUAAUUUCACAUCCCCGAGAACCACCACUGUUGAAUCCGGUACUUCCGCCGGACCUCCACCUACUGCCGCCAAGAAGUUCGUUAAAAGCGCAAGCUUCAGCCCAAAAUCAACUCCUUUAAGUCCGGCUAUACGUUCCAUCAGUGUCAAAGAAGCCGGAAAACUCUUCUCGUAUAAAGAAGUCGCCUUAGCUCCACCUGGCACCAUCGUCAAGGCGGUAACGGUGGCGGAGAAGUCGCCGGAGCAACCUUCUCCGGCGACCAAAACCGAAAACAUCGAAAAACCCGAGAAAGAAGUUGUUCCAUCUUCAGAACAGGAAAAGGAAAAGGAAAAAACGAUUGAUGAAAAGAAGGAAGAAACUGAAGCUAUUCCGGAAUCUGAUUCCGAUUCCGGGAAACCAGAGAAUGAAGGUUUGGAAGCUUUGGAAUUGGAAAAAGAUGAAAAAACACGAAAUGAUGGAAAAGAGAUGACAAAGAAGUUAUCAGCAGCUGCACCUCCGUUUAGUCCAUCUUCAAAAGAUCAAGGAGGAAUAUUACCGCCACCUGUCAUCAUCCCCACUAUGCUGACGGUCAACCCGACACGUAGAUCGCCACAUCAGUCAGCAACUGCACGGGUCCCAUACGGUCCACGCCUUUCCCGGGUCCCACGGACUAAACCCGCAUUCCAUGACCCGCGAAUCAUGAACCCGCAUGCAGCUGAGUUCAUACCGAGUCAACCGUGGGUCCCGCAUGGUUACCUGGUUUCACCUGAAGGCUACCCGAUCGCGAUAAACGGUUUCGGUUUCCCUGCAGGUUAUCCUGUGUCCCCGGUUGACUCGGUGGAAUCUCCAUCUGUAAUUACUCAUGGUGGUGAGGAAAAUAACAAGUCGGUCCCGGUUGACUCGGUUGGCGGAACUCAAUCUGAAAUUGUUACUGAGUCACCAGAAACGGAUGAAACGGUGUGAAGCUCGUUAUUUUUCCUGAGUGAAAUGGUUUAUGUAGCUCAGAGGCAUUGGUUUGAGAAAAACUAAUGCUAUUAGUAUUCUUCUCAUUGGGUCCGGGGCAUGUAAAAAGACGAUUUUACCCCUUCACAUGCACUCGCGGAGAAUGUUGAUGAAGAGAAGUUGUCUGAGUAUUUGUUUUAGUAGAUUGAGUGAAGUUGCAUUUUCUCAAAUUGGUGAGUGGUGUAACUUUUUUCUUUCAGGCAUUUCUUUGACUUUCUUGUGAAGAAACUUAACUGGGUUAAUUGAUAUAUGGUUUAUAGUUUAUUGAUUAUGUUUUAUCAUCGUUAAAGUGGAC